CGGCAACGGCGACGGCGACGGCGAAAAGAGAGAAAUGAAGUCGUCACCAUUUUAUAAACCAGCAAUCUGCGGAAGACACGAGUUUCAUAAUGACCUUGAUGAGCAGUCGACGGAUGAUCAAAGCACCUACAGCCUCACCGAUGAUAUUCUUCCGUCUCUAGGCGCUCAAGCUCUCACCACCCGUACGACUAAGCUUGGCAGAUUUAUUAUUUCUCCUUACGAUCCUCAUUACAGAUUUUGGGAGACAUUUCUGGUACUUCUUGUGUUUUACACAGCAUGGGUAUCUCCAUUUGAAUUCGGGUUUCUUGAAAAGCCUAGAGGACCCCUCCCCAUUUUAGACAAUGUUGUCAACGGAUUCUUUUUCAUAGACAUAGCCAUGACAUUUUUUUUGGCGUAUCUAGACAAAACUACUUAUCUUCUUGUGGAUGAUAAGACGAAAAUUGCUUGGAGAUAUGCCAAAUCUGGGCUAGUUUUUGAUGUGGUUUCAACUAUUCCAGCUGAACUUGUCAGGAUUAUUUUGCCUUCUAAUCUUCAAUCUUUUGGUUACUUUAGCAUGCUUCGACUUUGGCGUCUAAGAAGAGUUAGUGCCAUGUUUGCAAGAUUGGAGAAAGAUCGAAAUUUCAGUUACUUUUGGGUCCGAUCUGCAAAACUAACAUGUGUAACUCUUUUCGCAGUUCACUGCGCGGGUUGUUUUUACUAUCUUUUAGCUGCUCGUUACAAGGACCCAAAGUCAACCUGGAUUGCAUUGGCACUUGGGGCUGAUUUUGAAGAACAUAAUUUGUGGAGUCGUUAUAUAACAUCAAUGUAUUGGUCUAUCACAACUUUAUCAACAACUGGAUAUGGUGAUUUGCAUCCUGUUAAUACAGGGGAGAUGAUUUUUACUACUAUUUACAUGCUAUUCAACCUUGGGCUGACUUCUUAUUUAAUUGGAAACAUGACCAACUUGAUUGUUCAUGUCACAAGUCGAACAAGAAACUUCAGAGACUCUAUUCAAGCUGCUUCGAGUUUCGCACAAAGAAAUCAAAUACCAGACAAUUUGCGAGAUCAAAUGGUUUCUCAUUUGUGUUUGAAAUUUAAAACUGACUCUGAAGGGCUACAACAACAAGAAGUCGUUGAUACACUUCCUAAAGCUAUUCGAUCAAGUAUAUCGCGUCAUCUGUUUUAUCCAGUUGUUGAUAAAGUGUACUUAUUCAAUGGGAUAUCUAAUGACUUGCUCUUUCAACUGGUCUCGGAAAUGAAAGCAGAGUAUUUUCCUCCGAAAGAAGAUGUGAUUUUGCAAAAUGAAGCACCCACUGACUUCUAUAUUGUUGUCGUUGGAAUAUCAGAUCUUAUUACACGUAACAAUGGAACUGAACGUGUUGUUGGAGAGCUAAAGACAGGAGAUGUCUUUGGUGAGAUUGGAGUAUUGUGUUAUAAGCCACAGUUAUUCACCGUUCGUACGAAAAGACUUAGCCAACUUCUAAGGAUAAAUCGGACUGUAUUCUUAAACCUUAUCAAAGGAAGUAUUGGAGAUGGGACAGUUAUCAUGAACAAUCUUCUUCAGCAUUUGAAAGAGAACGACACACCAGUUAUGAAAGAUGUUUUGGCAGAUACAGAAGCCAUGUUGGCUCAUGGAAAAAUGGAUUUCCCUCUUACACUAUGUUUUGCAGUAAUAAGAGAAGAUGUCCUAUUGUUGCAACAAUUACUGAAAAACAAUAUGGAUCCCAAUGAAAUGGAUAACACUGGUCGAACCGCUCUUAACAUCGCCGCAUCUAAAGGAAGUCAUGAUUGUGUUCUUAAGCUUCUUGAAUUUGGAGCAGACCCCAAUAGAAAAGAUACCGAAGGAAGUGUUCCCCUAUGGGAUGCAAUAUUGGGAAGAUACGAAUCCGUGGCUAAACUUCUGGUUGAAAAUGAUGCCAAGUUAUCGAUAGGCGACGUGGGUCAGUUUGCAUGUUCAGCGGUUGAGCAAAACAGCCUUGACCUCUUAAAGGACAUAGUCCGAUAUGGUGGCGAUGUUAGUUUACCAAACAACAAGGGUACAACAGCACUUCAUAGAGCUGUUUCCGAAGAUAACAUUGAGAUAGUAAAAUUCCUAAUAAAACAAGGAGCAAAUAUCGACAUGCCAGAUGCGCAUGGCUGGACUCCGAGGUCUAUUGCAGAUCAUCAGUCUCAUGAUGAAGUGAAAUUAUUGUUCCAAACAUUAAAAGACACGAAAACUAAGACACAACUUGAUAAUGUUGUUCUUGAUGUUAAUGUGGCGCCUUCGUUCGUGCCUAGAUACCAGAGUGAACCGGCAAUAGCAAAAUAUAAAUCGGAAGUCAUCUUGGAGAACCAAAGGAAAAUGUCUUUCAUUCCCGAAUCUAAUGAUCAUCGGAGACAAAGUGUCAGUAAUUUUAACAACUCGAUGUUUGGAAUAAUGUCGGCUGCUAUCAGGCCAAGUAAAGGUGAGAUGGGAAGUUUACGAUCUCCUAGGUUUUCUGAUAAUAGUCCUAGGAAGCUUGGCCAUAUGCAAACAAGGGUGAUAAUAAGUUGUCCCGAACAAGGACAAGCUUCGGGACGACUUGUCUUUUUGCCGAAUUCCUUACAAGAGUUACUUGAUAUUGGUUCUCAGAAAUUUGGUGUGACUGUUACUAAAGUUUUGUCGACAAAAGGAGCAUUAAUAGAAGAUGUUGCACUCAUUAGAGACAAUGACCAAUUAUUCUUGGCAACAUAGCCUAUUCCGUGGCCAAAAAAUGCAAUGUUUUUUUUUUGUUAGCAUUAGAUAAAUAUAUACGAGUAAGAAGAAUCAUGUUUAGUUCGGUUGUAUAAAGUUAGAGUUUAGAAUUUAAGGUUUAAGGUUAGAAUUAA